AUGUACAUGUGGACUGUAGUGGAAGAAAGACGCGUACUCGAAGAGUUCUUCGAGGUUGACUCGAAUUGGUCGUUGAUUGCAUUCCUUCGAUAUAGAGAAGGAACCGAUAGUUUUACGUACGAUAAAAGAAGGGAAUAUAAACUAUACGCGAGAGCUUUAAACGCGUUAUCCAAAGACCACGUUCGUGCUCAAGGAUGUCUUGCUAGUUUUGAGCAUUACGGACACGUUGGCCGUGACAUAUUGACAACCCCCCGAGUAGCCAGUUACCGCGCCCUGGCUGCUGUCGAUGUGUUUUGGACAAGAAUCGAAAAAAAGCGUUACGAAGAUUCAAUCGCUACGGCAAGGGCAAGUGGAAUGUUACAUAUUUUGGAAGCAACAAAUAAGAGCCAGAAAUAUGUCACAAAUAUUCAACAUGAAGAUUUCCAAAAUCUAUACCAACCUCGUAACAGUAGACAAGACAAGUCAAAUGAAAAUGCUUAUUUGCGAAAAAGAAAAGACAUAGACUAUAAUGAGGAAAGAAUGAUAAAGAAGAUAUAUUGUGAUGAUGGCUAUGUUACGCCAUUACAGCAUAGUUUGAAAGAUAGUUUAAGUUCACCUUCUGAGACAUCUCAAUACUUUCCAAGUGACAGGCUUGAUGACAGCAGAAGUGACAAUGACUUUACCUCAGAGAAAAAAGUCAUAGAUUUCUGGAUAAGCUAUUUCCUUGAUGAACUUGAAAACCAAUUGGAAAUAGAAUGCAAAGAUCCAGUAUGCAGUAAAUAG